AUGUCCAUCCGCCGCGAAAUCGACAAAGAUGGAGAUCUCAUUCUUGUGCUCAGCCGGCUGGGCAUAGACGAUGCCGAUGUUGCCGAAGAUAGCGAAGAUGGUGUAGACGCCGAUGCGAAGCUCCUAGAAUACGAGCAAUUACAGAACAAGGAAGUAAGGGUAUCUUCGAAGGUUCUGAUGCUGAACUCGCCAGUCUUCAAGGUAAUGCUGGGAGGCAAAUUCAAAGAAGGCACAGAAUUGGCCAAGAGCACCGGACUCUCACUUCCGUACAGCCUUGAUCUCCCGGAUGACGAUGCCGAGUCCAUGUCUAUUCUGAGCCAGAUUCUUCACAACGCCUAUGUUACCGAGAGACCAAAACCCAUCGGCCUGGCGAGACUUGCUUUCGUGAGCGACAAGUAUGAAUGCACCGGGGCAUUUAAGUACUGCGGAAUGGUAUGGAUCAGGGAUUGGCUCUCAGACUACGAUGAAAAUGUGCCGCCAAUGGCAGACCUUUGUCACCUCUUGGUCUUUUCAUAUGUCAUAGACCUCCCCCUCGAAUUCUCAGAGUUAUCGUGGAGAGUCUUCCUCCACCACGAAGGACCAAUUUCGAGAGGCUCGGAGCAAGUCAAGGUAUUGGCAGAUCAUCCUCUGCUGAGGCAUGACAUCAUCCGAUGUUUGGAGGCGAAAAGACACGAAUGCUGCAACUCAUUCUACAAGGGUCUCGUUAGCCCCAUGACUUGGACGUGGGACAUAUCUCAAAACCCUUGUGUGAGAUCCGCCAAAGCACUGGCGUCGUAUAUCGAGACUCUCCGAAAGUCCAACAUUCUGCCAAAAGACAUCGACUUUGCGACUCACAAAUUCUGCAACCUGCUCAACACGGCAGUUGAUCUUCCCAAGAUCACGAUGAUGGAUUUCUCGUGCAUACGGGAGGUUGGGGUUUGUGGCUGCCGCUCGAAUAAGUACGCCAACCGCAACUUGUCGUAUGAAGUUGAAAAGGAGGCAGCCAAGAUCAUCCAGCAAAGACGGGUGUUUAACUGCCUGGAUUGUUUGAAAAGCGACGGUGCAUCUGGGAAGCAGAGGUCAUGUUGUAUUCCUCAUUAA